AUGUGUAACCUGCGGAAGGAGCGGUUAGAAGUGCUGAUGCUUUUUGUCGUGUUCGAACUUGGCUGGACAGCAGCGGGCGUGCUCACUCAUCCAGUUCUCAAACCAGCCUUGCCUCCGGUGGUCCAGAACCACCCUUUCAACAUUUUCUGGGCUGCGCCCACAAUGCAGUGCAAGCAUUUCUUCCACGUGGAUCUACAUCUUGCAUUAUUUAAUAUUAUAGCCAAUCCUUUAGAGACUCAAAGUGGAUCAACAAUUGCCAUAUUUUACCCCAAUCAAUUAGGCUAUUACCCUUAUUUCUCUAGUGACAGGAAACCCUUUCAUGGAGGCAUACCCCAGAACAUAAGCCUUCCCAGGCACCUUAAGAAAGAUGCUGCUGACAUUGUGAAAGCUAUCCCUCAGUGGAGGUCAGAAGGACUGGUUGUCAUUGACUGGGAAAACUGGAAACCCCAAUGGGAUAGGAAUUGGGGCAAUAGGAUCAUCUAUAAAAAACAAUCCCUCGCCUUCACCAGAAGCCACCAUCCCGACUGGUCAGAAAUGAACGUGCAGGCAGUUGCUCAGCAGGAAUUUGAAAAUGCUGGAAGGAAUUUGAUGAACACUACCCUCACGCUGGCUUUAGAAAUGAGACCAAACUGUUUGUGGGGCUUUUAUCUCUACCCAGACUGCUAUAAUUAUGACUACAGGUUAAAUCCAGAGAACUACACAGGGAACUGCCCAAAGGAAGAGGUGUUGCGCAACAGCCAUCUCCAGUGGCUGUGGGACAAAAGCAGCGCGCUAUAUCCUUCCAUCUAUUUGGACAAAAUAUUGAAUUCGAGUGUAAACACUUUGAAAUUUGUCCAUUAUCGAGUGAGAGAAGCCAUGAGGGUCGCUGAAAUGGCAGGACAGGACUUUGCUCUGCCAGUGUGUUCCAGGCCGUGGUAUUUACACAGCACUGUCGCCUUGUCACAGGAAGGCUCACUGCAUGAAAUCGGUGAGAGUGCGGCUCUGGGGGCAGCAGGAGUAAUACUGUGGGGAGGAUCUGAGUAUUCCAUUUCAAAGGUAAUUGUGUGUUUCAUCGUUGCGACACUGCACCCUGACUGGCUCGUCAGCCAUUAUGCUCUUAACACGACCUUUGCAGCCUCCCUUUGCAGUAGACAUCUGUGAAACAAUAACUGAAGGUGUGUUCGGAAAACUCCGGAGUCCUCCUCCUACGUGUACGUGCCUGAAAGCAGCAGUAAGAAGUAUGUCCCAAGUACAAGCUUCAGAUACACCAUUUCUCAUGAUAAAAAGGGCAAGGCAGUGAAAGACAUGAAGGGUGACUUUGUGUGCCACUGCUACUAUGGCUGGCACGGACAGUCUUGCCAGCAGCGCUCUUCGGACUUCUUGGGAGGGAAGCACAAGGCAUCCACUGCGAGCUGCCAUCUCUCAGCUUUUCUCACUCUGACCUUAUCUGCGUCUAUGCUCGGUAUUUUCAUAGUAGGAAAACUUACUAUGUCAGGUUUUCCUUGA